AUGUCACAUCUGAAAGAAACCGAAAACUGUAUAUUGUGUGGGAGUAAAGUUCCAAGUGUUGGUCACAGUCGUUUUUAUGUGAGGCAUGACGGAAGUACUAAACUUUCGCAGGUUAUUUCUGAACUACCAACUAAUCUGCAUCGAAGAUUACAAAUUGACUGGUCUUUAAGGCAAUUUUGCUGUAGAGACUGUAAAAUAUUAUUAGAAAAACGACAGAAGGUCAGUGCAAAAGUUGCACAAAUCGAAGCUGAUAUACUUAAUAAUCGUAUAAAUGUAUCAAAGGGAACUUGUUCAAAAAAGCUUUCAUAUGAUUGUGACCCAGCUAUUAAUACCAGCACGCCAAAACGUACGGAUGUUAUUUUACAAACUACUUCACAUCCAGUUCCACCUGUUUCUCCAAUUCAACCAAUUUCGUCAAAACGUCUUUGUGAUCGAAGUUGCCAAACUCAAACUACAUUCCAAAGUCAUGAACAUGGUCACGAGGAUUUGGGUUGCAAGGUAGGAGUUCGUACAAAAUUUAUUAUGGCAUUUCAUACUUUUUAAUAAUUUAACUAAAAACACUCAUGAGGAUUAAGUACCAAUAUUAAUUUAUAAAAAAAACGGUACAUGAUAUAUGUAGAUAUGUAUAUGAUGGUGCCAAUGCUAUAUAAUAUUAAUUGUAUAUUUAUUAAUUUAUACUGUCAGAUUAUUGUGUCUUGGCCAUCACAACAGAGACAGCGCAAGUUAAAUAAAUUUGGAAAAUAGUUUUGGAAAAUAGUUUUUGAUAAUUUUGAUAUGUAUGAAAGAGUUCACGAUAUGACUGAAGAUAAUCAAAACAAAGAUAUUCAUUGGGUGAAUCAUGUCAAAGUUUCAAACAGAGUUUCUGGGAAUGAGUUACCAGAUGAUAAACCAAUCAAGAAUUGUCUUUCUGAUCUUGACAACUCUAAAGUUGCACCAUCUGCAAUAGAACAUAUCUGUCAACGUGCAAACUAUGUAAAUCUUGUUUCAAGGGUAUUGGUGGAAGAAAUUCCAUGUUUGCAGUUCUGUAAAAUCAGAAAAGGUAAAUAUCCAUGCCACAGUGUCAGACUGUUACUUUACAAUAGGUUGAAAUUACUGUCACAAAAUACUUGCAUGUAAUAAAACUGGCAAAAAAAUAUAUGAUGCAUGACAAGACAAAUAAUUCAUUCUAUUUAUAAUAGAUACAUUUUAACUACACUUCAGUCAUUAGUGCAUGAACAAUCAAAAGUAGACCAUCAAUUAGUAGACCAUCAAAAUUUGUUAAAAGUGAAAUAUAAAUGAUAUAUUUGUUAAUUUAUUGUCUGUAAAAACCAGUUAAUCAUUUUUGAAUUAUAUGAGUAUAAUUUUCUAAAAUUAGUUAACGUCAAAGGAAAAUUUGUGUUAUGAGUAUUAUAGUCAUGUACACAGCAGCCAUGCUAAGAGGUCCAGAUAUUAAUUUCCUUCUGCAUCUUCAGUGGGACUAACUGGGAUAUGAAUAAUCUUUCUCUUUUAUACUUAGGAGUGCCUGGGAAUUAUUCAGGAAAAUGAAAAUACAACCGAAGGAAUGCUUGAAACCCUGAAGUCAAUGCAUUCUUAUGUUCCACGUUGGACUUCAAAAGAAAAUAUAACCCAUUUUACAGAUAUUGGGCAUGUUGGGGACCAAGUUACAGUUGAAAGAUCAGUUAAUUGUCUUAUGGCAGUAUCAAAUGGGUUUACUGCCACUGAAAGGCUUGAAGGCAUUUAUUUUGAGAUUGCAGAUUGGCAUGCAGACUUAAAAUUCCUAGAUGUAUAG